AUGAGCUUCUGGCAAACCGAUCAAAAUAAAACCGGUCUGGGUGAUCCAAAAUCACUAGAAUCAUUUUGGUCGUGAGUGUUCGAGGGUUUUUCUCCGAUAAUUGUUCAUUGUUGUAAUACUAGUUUCAUACUCAUCCAACGGACUUAAUCAAUAAAUAAUUAUUUACAGCUAUUACGGAUCACUGCAGCAAUUAUCAAUAUGCUGAAAUUAUUCUUCGUAAUCAUUACUUUGACGACAUUGGUGAAAUCUGAGGAUGCGGCCGAAUGGAUUUGUGAAGAAAUUAAUCAAAUGGGCAACUGUAGUUCCUUACCUAAGAUUCCACCUUUGAUAAGAAUGAUGGAGAUUAAGAGCAAUACUAAUGAAUAUCCAGACGCCUUCUAUUGCCCAUACAGUAUUGUGAAUAUGAACACCAAGUGCAUACAUACGUACUUUCUGAGUUGUUAUGAUCAUAUGACCGAAGAAGAGAAAACUUUCUUCUCGGAAAAUUUGCCAAUGUUUGACGACUUGUCUUUCUGCAUCCCUAACCGGCCUUACAAGAAAGAAUUUAAAGAACAUUCAGCUUGUUUGAGAGAACUGGCAAUAUCCAAUGAUCAAUUAGACGAACCGCAGAAGGAGUGGCAGCUGAAUCUGGAACGGCAAAAGUUGAUGUACGAAUUGCAGAAAUUUGAGGAGAUGGAAAAUGAUCAGAUAACGGACAUUGUGGACCUACAUUUUUGGCGUCUGCAUGACCAAAAGAAAUGCCAAUAUUUCAAAGACUUUAUGCGGUUACGAUACAUACAAAUGCGUUCACGAUGCGGAAUGAAGACCGAAAAGUUUUUCCGCCAACUUUUAGGCAACAUAUGGCCGAUGUCGGCGUUAGCGAACAAUUGUGAAGUUGAUUUAUUAUCAUACCAUGAAGGAUGACGCGUCAUUCAGUCAUAAUCCGCAAAUAUUUCGGCUCAUCAACGGCGACUGCAAAGUGCAAGCCACUGCUUUUAAAUUGAUAUAGUUGCGUUAUCGUCUAUUAAUUUACAUUUAUUAUAAAUUAACUGGAAUUUUAUUUUAC